CUGGCCGCCUGACUCAAGGCCUGCCAGCGUUAUCUAUAGCAUGAUAGCUGUUAUCAGGCUGUGGGAGGACGCCCUUAUCAGCUGUCCUGCAACCUUCAGUAGAAGUGAGUGAAGAGGUUACUCGGAAAAUGUGGUCAUAGCCUUGGCUUCACUGUAAAUAAACAAAAGGAUAACACGACACUUGCAGGAGGAAGAAGAGGAGGAAGUGGAAAACGAGGUGGUUGUGGUGUUGGUGGUGGUUGACCUCCGUGAUGCUGAGCGGCGACUGGCCAGCGCCUUCCGCCACCACUCAGCGACUGUGCCUUGGCUGGUCUUGGCCAGGGUCUUUAAGGGAGGGCAAUUCAGGAGAUGACAUAGCAGUCUUUAACAGGCUGAACGAUUUACUACUCUCAGCCCUCCCCUCAGUCACGGCCUGUCAGGCCUCAUGUAGGUAAAUAUAUCCCUGUCACACUUAUGCUCAAACAGAGACAACAUUUUGGCGUUGGUAAAUCAUGUAUUUCCUACACAGCAUCUAAAAACACUAGGGAAAUUUUGUUCAGGUUAGACUCACCAAGCGUCAUUUCCUUGUUUUGUGCAUCGCAGACCUAGAUAUCUGCUGACGAGGCGAGAGUGAGGCGAGAGUCGUCACUGAGGUAAGAGCGAGCGACACGUCCAGAGUGCUGCAGGAAGCGUUCAUCAUCGUGGCUGUCGUUCAAAAAGUCUUUUAGGGACUCAUUGCUCAUAUUUACUGUUUUAACCCUGGAAACAAGACAAAAUGAAACACGUAAGGUGAAAGAAGAAUUAAACAAGAAUGAAGAAAUGAAGAAGGAAAUAAAAAGUAGGAAGAAUAAAUGAGGGAAGAAGAUGAUAAACACGACAACAGGUAGCAAGAAGAGACGAGACGUGGCCACCGAGGAGAACAACAAAAUCCGGAGCAAGGAGGCGGAGUGUGACGCGCAUUGUGGCACCAACACAGAGGCAGGCAGCCUGAAGGAAGGCCAGCAACACAGAGGCAGGCAGCCUGAAGGAAGGCCAGCAACACAGAGGCAGGCAGCCUGAAGCAAGGCCAGCAACACAGAGGCAGGCAGCCUGAAGCAAGGGCAGCAACACAGAGGCAGGCAGCCUGAAGCAAGGCCAGCAACACAGAGGCAGGCAGCCUGAAGGAAGGCCAGCAACACAGAGGCAGGCAGCCUGAAGGAAGGCCAGCAACACAGAGGCAGGCAGCCUGAAGCAAGGGCAGCAACACAGAGGCAGGCAGCCUGAAGCAAGGCCAGCAACACAGAGGCAGGCAGCCUGAAGCAAGGCCAGCAACACAGAGGCAGGCAGCCUGAAGCAAGGCCAGCAACACAGAAGCAGACAGCUUGAGCCAUGGACGACAACGUGGAGGAGUGUCCAGUGUGCCUCACCACCUUUGACGACACCCUCAGGCGGCCACACAACCUGCCCUGUGGCCAUACAGUGUGCUCGCCGUGCAUUGACGGACUGAAGCAGCAGGGUGCCGUCACGUGCCCCACCUGCCGGGCGAGUCACGCCGUGCCCGAGGCGGGCCAGUUCCCCAUCGCCUAUGCUGUUGAGGGACUGGUGAGGAGGCUGAGGGGUGCAGGACUGGCCUCUCUGCCAGCCGAGCCAGGGAAGCAGACAGCCCCACCAGUGACACGGCCUGCACCAAAGGCGACAACGGGACUCAGCAAGAGGGCACAGUCCCUGCUGCAGGAGCAGGAAGCGAAUGUCCUGGCUGCCAUCCGCUCCUGCCAGGAGGAGCAGAGCCAGCUGGCCGAGUACCUGACAACCCUCGGUGGCUGGAGCAGUCGCCAGCAGCGGCUGCAAGACGAGCUGCAGACGCUGGUGGACCAGAGCAAGAGUGCCCGGGAAGCGGUGCACCGCGAGGAGUCCCGGGUGGAGGGCAGGCAGGAGGAGGUGCGGCAGAAGGAGCAGCAGCUGCACGCCGCGCUACAGUCGCUGCGCACGGCCGCAACACGGCAGGAAGCUUACGAGGUCAUUGAGGACACAGACCUUCUGGUGGAGGAGGACAGUCAGAGAACAGGGGAGUGCCUGGGAGUGUUUCCCGAUGUCCACGCCGUCACCUUCGUCACCAGGGUGGGUGUGGCCUCACACUUGUUGUGCUUGCAGGUCACUCUUCUGGCAACGGUGGCAGAGGCAUCGCGCGCAGCCCUGCAGGCCGCCACCGCUGCCGCCGCUGCCACACAGGCAGCCCUGGAGGCAGCGGGCACUGCUGCUGCAGCCUCGGGGGACUCCAGCCUCCCAGCAGCCUGGCCCGAGGCCUCCUCCAUCGCGGAUAGGCUGCAGGCCCUGCUGGCGCCGCCCCUGACGGCGGCCCAUCACACCCACAGACCGGCUUCCCGGCUGCUCCGGCAAUUCAGCAAAUCCCGGCUGCUUUUUUCUUCUGGCUGCAUGAUCCCGGCUAAAAGCAGCCGUGAAUUACCCCGUGCCAAGGACCUGCACAGCCUAACACAGCGUGUCAGGGGCCUGGUGGAGGCUGGCCUUGUCUUCGCCGUCCACGACGUGGAGGGACAGACUCGGCAAGCAAGGAUCAGCCUUGAAGACGGCAGCCUUUACCUCCACUCCCUGCAGGCCCAGGCCCUGCCGAACUUCACCGCCACCCUGCAGAUGGGGGAGGUGGUGCCGGCCGCCCCACCCUGCGAGGUGUUCCUGGACCUGGUGUGGUCCGGCAGCGCGGCGCGGCGGGUGGUGGUGAGUCUACCCCAGGACACCCCCCUGGGCCGGCAGUUCAUGCUGCUGUGCUCGGGCCAGCGGGGCGCCUGCUACGCCAACACCAGGCUGUUUAAGGUGAUAUAUGAGGGACAGCCGGGGGAGUGUGUGCUGGGAGGAGACUACCAGACAGGUGAUGGGAGGGGAGGAGCCGCCCUGCUGCCUCACCUUGACCAGGGUGAGUACUGGCAGUCAGGCAAGGCGGGGACUGUGUUGUGGCGGUGGCGUGGUGACCCUGCCCGUGGUGCUCAGUUCAUCAUCAUCACCCGGGACAUUCAGCGUGAUAGAGUUUGGCGUGGUGUCUUUGGCCAGGUGGUGCGGGGCCUGGAGGUGGUGCAGGAGGCAGCCCGGCACCACCCCAUUACUGAGGUGAUUGUGGUGCAGUGUGGCGUGGUGCUGUCACAGUAGUGCUGCACCACACCACUACCAAUAUUAUUAUUAUUAUUAUUUUUUUUUUAAGAGGAAAGAAGCAAACACACACACACACACACACACACACACACACACACACACACACACACACACACACACACACACACACACACACACACACACACACACACACACACACACACACACACACACACACACACACACACACACACACACACACACACACACACACACACACACACACACACACACACACACACACACACACACACACACACACACACACACACACACACACACACACACACACACACACACACACACACACACACACACACACACACAUACACACACACACACACACACGGACACACAGACAGACAGACAGAUAGACAGACACAUACAGACAGACACACACACACACAGUUCAGCGUGCAUGUCGUGGUGCUGGCAGUGUGUUGUGAUGGUGGCGGUUGUUGGUGUAAAUACUGGCGGCAGGACACACCACUUCACACAUUGGUCCUUCACUAACAACACAAAUAAAGUUUUCAUCAGCAAACACUUCUGUCACCAGUGUUCACAUCACUGGUCCACACUGUCUCAUCUUGCUUCUCCUCAAUAACAUUAUUGUACAAACACAAA